CCCCUCGAUUGGGCAGCUGCCUGUUUUGUUGUUGAGGGUAAUUUCGUCUUUUUCGUUAUAAUGUGCUGAUGUCAUUUACACGUGUAGAUCUAUGGGUUCUCUUUUUCCUCUCUCAGGCAGUAGAUGCUUCCAGAUGAUGCGAAGAACUUGGCCCAGAUCAAGCCACGCCUCCGCUAUUCCCUUUCCCAUUCGUUCGUCUGGUUUGGAGCAGAUAGCAGAGAGAGAGAGAGAGAGAGAGAGAGAGAGAGAGAGGAGAUAGUCUUGGACACCGACAGAAGAACGGAAGAACGAGAAGCGUAGGCGACGGAUGGUCAGAGAGAACAGCGUUUGUGGGUGCGUUUGUGGGUUUGCUGCGGGAGCAAGCCGAUCGAUUAUUCCGGUGGUGUUGGCGGUUGAGGGUGGUCACACCAGGUCAGAUUCUGUCCCUUUAGGGUUAAAGUCGUUUUCCCUCUGUCCAGUCUAUCUUCUCCUUUUUUCUUGCGCACAUGGUGGGAAUAGAUUUGUAGAUCGAUCACAUUUCGUAGGUCGAUUACGUUUUGUGGACGGUGUGAACAAAUUUGUAGAUGUGAUUUUGUCGUUCAAUUUCUCGUGUGCAUGUAAUGGGAGUGAGUAUGGAGGUGUGGGUUUUUUGCUGUUCUAUGUAAUUGUUGUCUACUUUUUUCGUCAACUGGCAAAAUCAGUGGGAGUUGUUACAUAAUUGUACCAUAGGCUUUUUGGGUUUGCUGUACUUCAACUUGCAAGUAUGACGAUUCAUCAGUGAAAGAUGGGAAAUAAUGUGGAUAACCAUCUCAGAGCAUUUCUUCUUUUUUGUGGUUCUACUUCCAUGGCAAACUUAUAGGAGUAGAAUUGUUAGGAAAAAAUCUAUUACACACCAACGCAUACGUGCAUUCACAUAUGCCAUGUCUACCCACAGGCCACGAUCAUGAAAUAUUUGUAUUUGGUGAAUAUGAAUACUCAAGAUAGAGAGGCUAAAGGCCAAUUUUUAUCCAUUAAGGAUUGGCCGAUCCAAAUACUCAACUAACCAUUGUCUUCCGUAUAUUUGGUUGUCAA